GUGAAAUGUAGCGGUUAAACGGCGCAAAAGCCGACGAGCUCUGCGUCCAUGAACCACGUAAGUUCAGAACAGGAAAGUAGAAAAUCGCGAAAAGAAAAUCGCAUUCUCGCCAUUCUCGAUCUGAUUCCUCCCUCGUCGAAUCACUUAAAUCCCAUCUGCGCCAUUCCUAUCCAAUCUUCAGAUUUUCCAGUACGAAUCCCACCAAAAUAAUCUCUCCAUUCCCAUCUCAAUCUUCAGAGUUCUCCAUCAUUUUCAUUCAAAUUUCACAUCUCAAUUGCUUUCAAUCUAGGGUUUCGGGUUUUCCCCAAAAUUUCAGUGGAAGUAAUGGUGGAGAAGAGAUAGUGAGAAAUGGUGAUCAGAAAGGUAGGGAAGUAUGAUGUUGGAAGAACUAUCGGGGAGGGGACAUUCGCGAAGGUUAAGUAUGCACAGAAUACGGAGUCUGGAGAGACCGUUGCGAUGAAAGUUCUUGCCAAAAGCACCAUACUCGAGCACAAGAUGGUAGACCAGAUUAAGAGAGAAAUAUCUAUAAUGAAGAUUGUCAGGCAUCCAAAUAUAGUCAGGUUGCAUGAGGUAUUGGCUAGUCAGACAAAGAUAUAUAUCAUUUUAGAAUUCAUCACAGGAGGAGAACUAUUUGAUGAAAUAGUUCACCAUGGAAGGCUUGCUGAGGAUGAAUCUCGUCGAUACUUUCAACAGCUUAUUGAUGCAGUUGAUUAUUGCCACAGUAAGGGUGUUUACCACAGAGAUUUGAAGCCUGAAAAUCUACUUCUUGAUUCACAAGGAAACUUGAAAAUCUCAGAUUUUGGCCUUAGUGCAUUGCUCCAGAAAGGGGUUGAGCUUCUCCAUACGACAUGCGGAACCCCAAAUUACGUGGCUCCUGAGGUAUUUAGCCAUGAGGGGUAUGAUGGCUCUGCAGCAGAUGUAUGGUCGUGCGGUGUCAUCCUCUUUAUUUUAAUGGCUGGAUACCUUCCAUUUGAUGAGAUUGAUCUUCCAAACUUGUACAGAAAGAUUAAUGUGGCAGAAUUUUCUUGUCCACCUUGGUUCUCUCCUGGGGCAAACUCAUUGCUCCAUAGAAUACUUGAUCCAAAUCCCAAAACUCGUAUCCAGAUUGAAGGAAUCAAAAUUGAUGCAUGGUUCAGGAAACACUAUGUGGCUGUUAGACAUGGUGAAGAACAAGAAGUCAAUUUGGAUGAUGUGCAUGCUGUUUUCAAUGACAUUGAGGAUCAAUACGUACAGGAGCAGGUGGCAGAUAAAGAAAGGGGUCCUUUGGCAAUGAAUGCUUUUGAGAUGAUUACCUUGUCCCAAGGGUUGAAUCUUUCAGCAUUGUUUGACAGGCAACAGGAUUAUGUAAAACGGCAAACUCGCUUUGUCUCACGAAAACCUGCUAAAGUCAUUGCAUCAACUAUUGAAGCCGUUGCAGAAUCCAUGGGUCUCAAGGUCCAUUCUCGUAACUACAAGAUGAGACUCGAAGGAAUAUUAGCAAAUAGGACUGGACAGUUUGCUGUCGUCUUGGAGGUCUUUGAAGUCGCACCAUCUCUUUUCAUGGUGGAUGUUCGGAAGGCUGCAGGUGGUAUUCUCGAAUAUCACAAGUUCUACAAGAAUUUCUGCAGCAAACUCGGGAAUAUCAUCUGGAAGCCAACGGAGGAUGCUACUAAACCCAGUUUGCUUAGAACCACGAGUUGCUAAUCUGAUGCAAUUCAGCAAACAUUCUACGUAACUCGUAUAUACAAUGUUGGAGUUGGAAUUGGCUUCUGCCAGCCAUAAUUGUAUUGUUUCUACUUCAAACACUUCUCAUUGCAUAUUAUAUCAUUGGUUACCUAUCUAUUGUAUCAGCUGAAAGUGGCAGCUUAAGAUAUCAUCACUUCAUUACUAGUCUAUCCGUAUCUUUUAAAAAAGUCUAUCUGCUGUUUUGGCAAGUGACCUGUUUGUAUAUAUACGAGCUUUAUGAGAUAUAAGUGAAAAUCCUGGAUAUUACAUGCCAGGGAAGGAGGUUAUUGGAAAAUGUUAUCUUUCCUAAUUUGUUAUUUUCUCUUUCAAGUUCUUUGAUGUAUUUGUGGGCUUCAAAUAAAUAAUGGAAAGUUUUCCCAUUUUCAAAUAUAAAGAACAGUUUGAAUUC